AUGAAACUCCUACUCCUCCCCCUCCUCGCCCUCCAAGCGACCGCCUGGUCGCUGACCAUCUACUUCACCGACGGCGGCCACAUCACCAGCACCGGCCGCCUCAAUUCGGGCUGCAAGGCCUACGACCUCCCCGUCCACAACCGCCAGGUCAACCGUGUCUCCUUCAGCGAGAGCACCUUCGCCGACACCUUCGAGCUGUUCAGCGACAAGGACUGCCGGAACCGCGUGUUUCGGGAGGGGAAGGGCAGUCAUCGCGUGCAGCCGCCGCGGCGGGUUGGGAGUGUUUGGAUGGGUUAUGGGGUGGGGAUCGGGGAGGCGUUUGUUCGUUUUUGCUGUAUACGUGCUAUCUUGUGA